CGAAACGUAAAGCUUGUGACUGGUCAUCGAUGGACGAAUCGUGAAAGCGGCGCAUUUUCUGUAAUUGGUGAUUGGAGAUUCUCGAAUAUUACACUGAUUAUUGGUUACCGUGUUUUAUUAAACUUUGGCCGCGGAUAAUAAUUUCUUUUUCUGAAAUAGUAAAAUAUAUUUUGUGUGAAAAGUGAAAAAUCAUUUCAUAAGUGCGACGUUGCCGUUCUGUGCGCAUAAAAUUCAAGAUGUCUGUAUGCUUCUUUGUGCCUGCUGACCAGGGUGGCGCAUCCGGUGUGGCUGCAGAGGUGGAGACCGAGGGUGGGGAGGAUGUGGUGCAGACCGAUAACACGCAGAUGAAUCUGCAGCAGUUCUGGACCAAAGUCACUGAUGACAUAAAGAAAGUCACAACGGAGGACUUCAAAAUGCAACCACUACCUCUGGCCCGAAUAAAGAAGAUAAUGAAACUAGACGAAGAGGUCAAGAUGAUAUCAGCCGAGGCACCGGUGUUGUUCGCCAAAGCAGCCGAGAUCUUCAUACACGAGCUCACGCUGAGGGCCUGGUCGCAUACUGAAGACAACAAGAGGAGAACUUUGCAGAGGAACGACAUAGCAAUGGCGAUAUCCAAGUCGGACCAGUUCGACUUUCUGAUCGACAUCGUGCCGCGCCACGAGGUGAAGCCGAGCAAACCUCGCGAGGAGCCGCCCCGCCCCAGUCCGGCCACCGACCAGUACUACCUGCAGUUGGCGCAGCAGCACCAGGCGGCGCUGCAGGCCACCACGCAGCCGCAGAUCGUCGUGCAGCCGUGCGCUCAAGUCGUACAGAGUUCGAGCGCGGGUUCAUCAUCCAACAACGUGGUGUCAGCACCGCAGCCAGUCACGCUAGUGCAACAAGUGUUGACACCUUCCGGGGAACUGCAGCAGUUACCGAUCCAGCUCUCACAAGCACAACUAAACAUGAUACGACUACAGAUUCAAAAUAAUCCUGGCCAGGCAAUCAUCAUACAAGGACAACCGCAGCAAACACCACAGAUCAUACAAGUAUCCUCACAAGCGCCGCAUCAGCCCCAACAGGUGUUCCUAGCCCAAGUUGCGAAUAGUCAAGAAGAAUCAUAGUGUCAUUACAAAUGUAAACAAUCACAACUGUGAACGUUGGAAUCGAACACAUAAUCAAAUGGAAACUGUAUGCGUGCAACUAGUACACUUUCGCUGUCGUAUGCGUGAGAGAAUGGGACAACAACAUCCCGAGUCUGAUUCAUUCUCAUGCGUGCGGUAACGAAAACGUGUCUACCGUUUGAUUCGUUUGCUACUUGUCUGAAGGCCUGUUACUAUAUAAUGUAUUUCGUAAUGAGGAAAUUGAUCAGUCAAUCAGCGAUGGAACACCUUAAAUCACAAGUGAUGGGAAAUUGUGACUGGACGAAAUCCCAUAUUAUUAGCCAACUCGGUAUGUUAACAAUGUUGGAAUGUAUUGUUGUUUUUGAACAUUUCUAUUGAUGAUAUUAAGAAUUAUAUUAACAAUCUUACUGGUAUAGUAAAAUUGUAACUAGACAUGGCUGUGCAUGGGAGAUGUAAAAAAAAUACUAGAGGGUUCUUAAUAAAACCAAUAGAAGUCAAAACAAUAUUUUUUAAAUCUCUCUCUGAAUUUGUUCCGACAUCACACAAAAACCACUUCACUAAAUUGGAUGCGGUUUACACAGUUGUAUUCUUAAAGGUCUAACUUCAAAUCUGAUAUGUUUUAUCUUAGUACAUCAUCUAGAAAACGUCAACUUAAUUGCUUUUAUUAGGUUUGAGAUACAUACAAAGUAGCAUACAAGAAAAACUAGUACAAAGGGCCUACCAUAAAAUAUUUUCUGAAAUUUCCGGGUCGAAGGAAUCACAAAUUUUAUGUCAAAAUUACACAAUACAUACGUUAUAAUAUGUUUAAAUAUAUUACAAAUAUUAAAAUAUCAUUCCUGUUGACUUUUACGGUAGAGUUUAUAACGAACGAAACGCUCCAUUUACUGGGCAGAUUUCGGUAUGAACGAAAUCACGAAAUUGAGUCUGAAAAUUCAGGAUUUCAUUUCAUAGUAGACCCCCUGUAAUUAUAAUACGGACAUACUUUUUUUUCUGUUUACCACUAAACACUUGGAAUAAAUACGUCACAGUUAUGUAUUAUAUGUGCAAUAAAUAAUAUAUGUAAUAGUGGAAUAGAAUUUAAAAAUAUAAGAAGCGAAAUAAAAUGAAAUUUAUUUUACAAGAAUGUAAGUGAUUUUCAGAUAGAAAAGAUACUGCCCUUAUACAUUUUACAUCUGUGGUGACAGAAAGAUUUUAUUACUACUUUGAUAGUAGAUAAGGAAAUUGUUUAACGUUAAAUUCAUAACAGAAAUAGGUUUUAAAACGAUUAUACAAAAUUUAAAAUAUAUAUAAUGUGUUUUAAAUUAAACAAUAUUAUAUAUUGCCAGCAUUAUAGGAAUUUAUUUAUCGGCAAAGUGAAUAUUUGCAAUACGUAUCGUCACAAUUUUCCAGAUUGCUCGAAACUGAAUCGUUGAACGUCAGAUGGCGCCUGUACGACCUAUUGUGGUGUAGGUUUUUUUUAAUAAAUUGUGUUAUAUAGUUGAGUAUUUUAAGUGUACAAGAUAUUAAAUUAUUAUAUA